CUCUCGAACCGAGCAUUUCUCAGUCUUAAGUUACCGCCUUCUAAAAAUGGGAAAGAGUUGUCUAAUCUUGUGCCUUUUCGCUCUACUGUUCCUCCAAGUUCGGAGUGAUCUGGCCGAUGAGCAAGAACAUGCCCAACAUCCCCGAUUGCUAUCAUCACGAGACUUUGAAGCCCUCGACGAGGAGCUGAAUACACGUUUUUGGCAUGAUAAGGCCCAAUCGAUUCUGGCCGAUAAGCUGGCCGGGCAUAAAAAGCUAAAUGAAAACCGCGCCAAGAACGUGAUCCUAUUUUUGGGCGAUGGCAUGUCUGUCCACACGAUCGCAGCCACUCGUGCUUUCAUGGGCGAUAGCAACAAGCAGGUCUUCUUCGAAAAGUUCCCCUACUUGGGACUGUCCAAAACGUAUGCGGUGAAUGAACGCACUCCGGACUCGGCCAACACAGCUACGGCUUAUUUAACCGGAGUAAAGGCCAACUACGGAACCCUUGGUGUAAAUGCCCAGGUCCAAAGGGGCGAUUGUGUGACGAAUUCGAGUAACCAUGUGGAGAGCAUUGGCAAAUGGGCUCAGGAUGCCGGAAAGUGGGCUGGUAUAGUCACAACUGCCCGGGUGACACAUGCUUCUCCAGGCGGAGUUUAUGCCCAUGCUGCUGAACGGAAUUGGGAGCACGAUGGCGAGAUCGUUGACUCAGGGUGCAGUCCAGAUAUUAACACGGAUAUUGCCCGCCAACUGGUGGAGUGGCCAGUGGGUCAGGAACUUCGUGUUAUUCUUGGCGGUGGUCGAUCCUACUUCCGUGAUCGAUCUAUGCCCGAUGAGACUGGCGUUGCGGGCCUGCGAACCGAUGGUCGGGAUUUGGUGCACGACUGGCAGGAGAUCAAGAAGCAGCAGGGAGCCGAGGGAAAGUAUGUCUGGUCUCUCAAGGGUCUUAAGGAAACCGAUAUCAGCAAGACGGACUAUCUGCUGGGACUUUUCGAUACCUCCCAUUUGCCCUAUCACGGCGAUCGUCGACGAACCCACUAUGAAGAAGCAGAGCCAUCCCUUUCCGAUAUGACUGAAGCCGCCAUUAAAUUGCUUAGCAAAAACGAGGAGGGUUACUUCCUGUUCGUCGAGAGCGGCAGAAUCGAUAUGGCUCACCAUGCCACCAAGGCGAGGAAGGCUCUCGAGGAUACCGAAGAGUUCGCGGCGGCCGUGGAAUUGGCUAGAAAAAUGACCAACGAUGAGGAGACUCUGAUUGUGGUUACCUCGGAUCACUCGCACACCAUGUCCAUCAAUGGCUACCCAUACCGUCGUCAAAACAUUUUGUCCCUCGCUCCCAAUUUGGCUGAGGAUGAUCUUCCUUUCACGGUUCUUUCUUAUGCCAAUGGUCCUGGUUUCGUCGAUACCUACAAUUCCAAUACUGGACGCAUAGAUCUUUCCCAUGUGGACACUACAAACGAGGAGUUUGCUUUCCAGGCCACCGUUCCCUUGAGUAGUGAAACCCACGGUGCCGAAGAUGUUGGAGUCUUCGCUUCGGGACCCUUCGAACAUCUUUUCACUGGCAACUACGAGCAGAGUGCCAUCCCAGCCAUGAUGGCCUAUGCGGCCAACAUUGGACCCUUUGCCAAGGACAAACUUAAUGAGUAAUUAAGAGCCCAUUAAAAGUUCCAUACUCGAACGGAAUACUCAAUAAAAGACGUAAAGUUUAGAAAUAGCCCAGAGGGAAGUGUACACUGCAUAUAAUUAAGGGAAAGUCAUAGCAAAUAAAAUACCAAUAUAAUAAAAGGAUAGAAAACAUUUUAUCUUAAAACAGGGGAAAACCAAAACGCUAAUAUUUAUUUGUGAUACCAAAAAAUAAAUAAACUGAAAGAAUCCUGA